GUACGUACUACAGCACUGAUGGCAGCAAUAAACAACAAACAUCAUUAUGUGGUGGAACUUUUAUUAACCAAAGGAGCUGAUCCAAACAUAGUAGAUAAUGAAGGUGGUAUUGCUCUUAUUGUAUCAGCAGGAGGAGGAGACUAUGAGACUGUAAAAGUACUGCUGGAUAAUGGAGCUGAUCCAAACAUAAGCCAAGAAAUUGAUUAUCCUAUAACACCACUGAUUGAAGCAGCAAGAAAAAGACAUAUUAAUAUAGUUGAAAUAUUAUUAUCCAAAGGAGCUGAUGCAAACAGUAUAGAUGAUGAAGGGGAUACUGCUCUUAUUGUAUCAGCAAGAGGAAGAGACUAUGAGACUGUAAAAGUACUGCUGGAUAAUGGAGCUGACCCAAACAUAGGCCAAGAAUUAGAUUAUGUUGAUUCACCACUGAUUGAAGCAGCAGCAAAAGGACAUUAUCAAGUGGUGGAACUUUUAUUAACCAAAGGAGCUGAUCCAAACUUUACAAGUAAAUAUACUGGUACACCACUGACUGUAGCAGCAAAAAAGGACAUCAUCUUGUAGUUGAACUUUUAUUAUCCAAAGGAGCUAAUCCAUGCUAUAUAGGAGGAAAUUUUGGAGGAAAUUAAAUUUUGCAAGUUUGGCAUUUUGAUAGCCAUUCACCGAAACA